GUUUUGCCUCUCCACCUAAAACUCUGUCCACAUUGACUAUAUAUAUAACCUUAUAACACAAUUCAUAUCUCCCACAUCUCUUCCAAAACAUUUACUUCAUUCAUUUGCUAAGCUUUUUAGUUUUAGAAUCUAACAAAAGUUAUGACUGCAAACCACUUGUACUGUCUUAUAACCAUGGAAAAGAGUUCCUUGUUCCAAUGCAAACACUCUUCUUCUUCUUUCCUGGUGGAUUUUUUCCUCACCGUUUUUUUCAGAUGGGUUUCUUUCGCUCAGAGCUUUUUCUCCAGGUUCUGUCAUCUUCCUCAACACCAGCAUUUUGUUUCCGAGAAGAAGAGCAAAGAUCUUGAAAUCCAGAGUUUGAUCGAACAUGGUAAUGGUCUUUGUAUAGAAGAUGCAGAGAUGGUGAUGCAAAGCUUAGGACUUUUCACGGACCAAGAAAGCGAGGGACUUCAGAAACGUUACAGUUCAGAGGAACUAUCGAAUCUGUUUGAAGAGAAAGAGCCGAGUUUGGAGGAAGUGAAGCAAGCUUUUGAUGUCUUUGAUGAAAACAGAGAUGGGUUUCUUGAUCCCAUAGAUCUGCAGAGAGUUUUGUCAAUCCUUGGUUUGAAGCAAGGAUCUAACCUUGAGAACUGCAGAAGAAUGAUCAGAUCAUUCGAUGGAAACAAAGAUGGAAGAAUCGAUUUCCAUGGAUUUGUGAAAUUCAUGGAGAACAACUUCUGCUGAAAUCAUAGUUUCUGGAGUAAGAGAAUCUAUCAACUUUUGCACUUCUGUUUCUUUCUUGCUUUGUCUGUUAAUGUUGUUGCCUCGUUACCUUUUUGUAAAAUAUAUUAUCAGAACUUUAAUAUCAAAA